CUCUAGCUGAAGAAUACUCGGAAAUCUUCAUUGAAGGAAAAGUGGAAACAGAAUGUUACACUUAAUAAACUUAGGCCUAGAAAACGGACGAGAGUUGAGGUUACUGUUAGAUUUGCAGUAGAUCUUGUGUCAACAAAAUGUAAACAAUGUCAACACUAGGCCCUACCAAAGCUGAAGAUCCAACACAUCUAGCACCUCGUUUACAAACAUCUCUAUUCAUUGAGAGGGUUAUCUGCCCAGAUAACUCACAACAAACCAUAGACAAGACACCCCAGUAUCUGCUAAGAGAAUCUUCCCCCACUAAUGCAGAUUUACCACGACCUGUAGCCAAGCCAGCUCUCACCCCUGAGGCUCCUGUUGAGCAAUCUUCACAAGUCCACAAACAACAUGCUUUUACUAUGGAUAAACCAUUUACUACUUUACAAAAAGAAAGUAGAAAAGCUUUCAAAUAUUUUCAUUGCUCUAGAGGGCUCCAAGAAAAUAAAGCCACAAAUCUAAAGCACACAUUUCUCUCCAGCUAUAGCCCUGUCAAGCCAGUCUUACAGAAUGGCCCUAUAUGUGGUUUUGUAGCCUUGGCUAUGGCAGCUCAGCUUACCCACGUUAAAUCUGUCACAACAGAAGAAAUAUUUCUGGAGGCCAAACAUAAGGGCUUCAGUAAACAGGGAGAAAUGUUUUCAGCCCAAUCAAUGCAAGAGAUGGCAUCCAUAUUUCUAGCAUGCAAGGUAGAGCAUGUCCAUCAAACCCAGGAGAAGCUCACCUGGAAAUACCUGGUCCAGCACCUGAUGAAAGGGAGCCUGCUGCUGGUACCCUACGAUGCAGAUAGAAAUCACUCACCUUGUCAGAAAAAAGGCCACAAAGCUCACUGGGCACUCAUAACAGGAUUUUUUGCUGCCUUCAAGUCUAGUGAAGUCCCUGAAUGGCUGACCAGUGAGUGUGAGAGGGACGAGGAGAUGUCAGCGCUGUACUUCUGGCCUGAAGGGGUAAAAGAAGACCGGUGUGAAGAGUUGACCAGUGUCCUCUCCCCUGAUGACCUCUUUGUGUUUGGUCACCAUGGCAAGAGCAAGUACCCUGGCGUCUGGUCAUUUCAGGACCUGCUGGUCAGCAAUGGGAACCUAGUGGAGGCUGGGCCUGUCAGGAACUCAGAGGACUAUGUCCUACCUGCUGAGGGCUUGGAGCGUGCCUUAAAAUCUCAGCUCAUUCUACUGCACAAAAAUAUAGUUCAGUGACAUGCUUAACCAAUUCACAUUUUCAUAUCAUUAUACCAGCUUUUUGCAAAGCACCCUAUUUAUUAGAUUUCUAUAUAAGAUAAUUAACCUAAGUGCAAUUUUUUAAAAUAUAGUUAUGCCAGAUUUCUAAAAAAAAAAACACCAUAUUUACAUCUGCAAUUUUUUAUUUAUGCUAGCGCUCCAAAGAAAAAAACAACUAUAUUUGUAUCAUAUCAUUACUUUAUUACUUGCUAUAUAAGGACAGUCCAUUAAUGACAUCAGUGUAAUUUGUUACUCCACAACCUCACCUCCAUUCACAAAGAGCUAACCCCACCUCCAUUCACAAAGAGCUAACCCCACCUCCAAAUUAUCCUUAAUGUCAUAAAACUCACCCCCCCCCUCUUCCCCUUCUUGUUAAAAUAACCACAUUUGUUACAAGAAUAUUUUUUAAAAAUGCAUGAGAAAUACAAAAUGUUUCCUAUGCCAUAUUUGAACACCCCUUUUGUCCACAUCAUAUCACAAGUGAUGUCAUUAACAUUAACAUUAACAAGUCAUUAACAAGUGAUGGCAUCAUUGAUGCCAAUGUAAUUUUGCUAGUCCUCUGCUUAUUACUGUAGAACUCCUUUAAGCAAGUAUCUUGGAGACUGCAUGAUACCAGAUUAUCAGGCAGAUUUACAUGCACAAGUAUGAACAUCCCAGUCUGUGUAGGAGGUAAAGUCAUCUGAUGACCACUUAUUGUGGCUUGAUCUAAGGCUCUUGUAUAGGACAGUAGAAACAUUUUGUAGGACAAUGUACUGUACAGCCUGAUUUAAUGAGUCACCAAAGGCCUCAGUGUUAUAGAAAAACAUGAUCUUUCUGUCUCUGAUUACCAUCAACCAAUGCUACAGACCACAGGCACAUAUUCUUCUUCUUCAUCACUCAUUGUAGGGUCUUCUACUAGUGAUAUUUCUCUUUAAAACUUUCCUUGCUUCAGAACAUAUCAGAUCUAUGCAGGAUUACUUUAAAAACCUACUUCCUACAGAAUUUAUCAGUACUAUUCUGGAUUAUUUUAAAACUUUACUUCCUACAUAAUAUAUGAGUGCUAUUCCAAAUUACUUAAAAUUGUACAGAACAUAUCAGAGGCUGUAUGUAUGUUGAACAACUGGUUGUUGGAUUAAUGGAGUUUACUGCAUUCAACUAUGCUUUCUGUUGCAUUGCUUUUGUGUUCAAGAAUUGUUAACAAUUGUUGUCAAUCAGUAUUAUGAGAAUAUGUAUACCAAAUUUUUAAAAAUGUCACCUUACGAUCCUUUUUUUGUAAUUUAUUUUGGCUUUAUCUGUAAUCUGACGAUCUCAUGUACCUGGCCACUGUUUCAACACUGGCUGUAAAAUAUCUUUGGGUUAUCCCAGAGCAUGACAAACAUUUGGUCCUUGCUAAAUGUCUGGUCUCAUGUCACACGAUUAUGUUUGAAUGUACCAGCAGUGCUGCUGCAUACAUUAAACUUGUACUUUAAAGUGUUCAUUUUGUCAUAUUUUACACAUGUGCUGUUUAUAUUGACAACAGCAGUUUCCAAUGGCUUUAAACUAUGGGGUAAUUUUAUUUAUACAUGUACUUUUUUAUAUUUUUACCAGCACCUUGUAUUUAAAACUCUAUUUAAUUACAGAUGCUAGAAAAGGUUUUGUAAUUUAAGUUAUAUUUUCAUGUUGAAGAAAUGUACUGCAUGCUUUGGCAAAAUAAAAAUGCUUACCACUCUUGCA